CCACGUAAUCCAAAAAGUUUGAUUGAUGUAUAUUUGCAGCCUUUGAUUCACGAGUUACAGACUUUGUGGCACGAAGGUGUUUUAACAUACGACAUAUCAACCAAACAAAACUUCAACAUGCGUGCUGCUCUUAUGUGGACUAUUAAUGAUUUCCCUGCCUAUGGAAUGUUGUCAGGGUGGAUGACUGCUGGCAAAUUAGCUUGUCCUUGUUGUAUGGAAAACACUAAAUCGUUCACUUUAAAACACGGGGGCAAGAAUUCAUGGUUUGAUUGUCACCGUCAGUUCUUACCAAUGGAUCAUGAGUUUAGGAGUAUGAGAAAUGCAUUCAGGAAGAAUAAAACUGAACAUGACUUACCACCGCCAACAUUGUCAGGGGAGCAAAUUUGGGAGAGGGUUAGGGACUUGCCUAAGGUGACAGAAACUCCACCUUCUAGAUUAAAUGGAUAUGGGGUUGAGCAUAAUUGGACGAAACAGAGCAUAUUCUGGGAGUUACCUUAUUGGAAGCAUAAUCUUCUCCGACAUAAUCUUGAUGUCAUGCAUAUUGAAAAGAAUUAUUUUGAUAAUCUGUUUAAUACAGUGAUGGAUGUUAGGGACAAGACAAAAGAUAACAUAAAGGCCAGGAAGGACUUAAUGGAAUAUUGUAGGCGACCAGAAUUGCACCUACAACAAUCAAAAAAUAAAAAUAAGAUCGCCAAGCCAAAGGCCAGUUAUACAUUCACUUUGGAGGAUAAACGAAAGAUUUGUGAGUGGAUAAAGAGUUUGAGGAUGCCCGAGGGGUAUGCGUCCAACUUGGGUAAGCGUGUAGAUGUGGUAGAAGGAAAGUUGGUGGGUAUGAAAAGUCAUGAUUGCCAUGUUUUCAUGGAAACUUUAGUUCCUAUUGCAUUUCGUGGCUUACCCGAAAGAAUAUGGAAACCAAUUACAGAGAUUAGUUUGUUCUUCAAAGAGUUAUGUUCCAACACAUUGAGGGAAGAUACUCUACUUUUGAUGAAUCAGAACAUUCGUGUAACCUCAUGUAAGCUGGAGAGAUUUCUUCCAUGUGGUUUCUUUGAUGUGAUGGAACAUCUUCCGGUCCAUCUUGUACAAGAGGCACUACUCGGAGGCCCAGUUCAAUAUAGAUGGAUGUACCCUUGGGAGAGGAAAAUUGGCAAAUGUAAACGGUUUGUGAAACAGAAGAAUAGGAUCGAGGGAUCUAUAUGUGAGGCCUAUCUUGCUUUGCGCGGAAACCUCUCACUUCGCCAACUCGAAACGAUGAAGGUGAGAAUGAUCCUUUGGCCCCGCCAAAAUCCAUAUUCAAUCGACCGUGCCGGGUUCUAA